CUUGGGUAGUACAGAAAUGUGGGACAAGAUGGGCCUUGAUUUUCUUAUCAAAACCCCUAAUUUCUUUGCAGAGGUCUUUUUCCAAGUAAUUGAUUUUUGUCCAAACCUCAACUCUCACUCUCUUUUUAAACACCCUCUUCCUCCAUCGCCAACUUCCACUCUAGCCGUUGAUAGUAAGGGGUUGCAAGAAAGCAAAGCACCAAGCUUCAGCCAUGUCUACCAGAAGAUCAUCAUCAAGAACUUCAAAUGCCACAGAGGAAGAGAUUAAUGAUCUUGUUUUGAAACUACAGACAUUGCUUCCCAGCCGGCAUAAUCAAAGGCGCAACAGAACGCCAACAGCAUCCAAAGUUUUGAAUGAAACUUGCACUUACCUCAAGAGGUUACAAAAAGAAGUUGAUGACCUUAGUGAACGGCUCGCUCAACUGCUGGAUUCUGUGGACACCACUGCUGUUGACAUAGAGCUUAUUAGAAGACUUUUGCAAUGAUAAAUAACACCCCCCCCUCCUUUCUUAUGUUUCUCUUUUUUCUAGUUGGAAAAUGUUUGCAAUAUUAUAAUUUUUACUACAACCCCUUACAAACGUAUGUGACAAUCCACAUGAGUGUCAGUGUCAGUGUCACGUGACACCAAAUGCAAGUUUAAUUGUUUAGUGGUUGACGUAAUAAUUUACAUGAGUGUCACUUUGACUGUCAAGCCAGUUUGUAAGGAUCAAUAUUAUAAUAAAAAGUUGUAGUACUAUUAACAACA